AUGGUCUAUAUCAUGGUGGAUAUCUUCAUGAAUGUACAGUUCUCUAAAGCCGUUCCUUUAGUUGCGGAACAGCCGCAGACCGGCCUCCUCUGCGUCAACCUCAUCGUCGUCCUCCAUCUCCGCGUCGGAUGCCUGCUCGCUCAGCUCCAUCUUCUGCCCAAACAGCGUGCCGAACAACCGGUCGAUGGCGUCCUGCUCCCACGCCCUCCGGUCCUCGGGCGCCAUAAAGUUCUGCAGCUUCUCGUGCACGUUGAACCGCAUCUUGCGGCCCUUGCUCGCCCUCCGGUCGACGUGCUUCUUCGUCUUGGCCUCCUUCAUCGCCGCCCACCGCACUGUGGGCUGCGCCGCCGUGCCGUUGCCGGCGUCGGACGUGCGCUGCUCGACAAGCUCCUUGAGCAGGAGCUGGUAAAAGUCGGCGUCGUCGUAGAUCUCCGGGUCCUCGUUGACCUUGCGCGCCACCUGCGCGGGCGCGCAGGACCGCGGCGUGCGCGUACGCUUGAUGAGGCGGUCGGCGCUGAGGAGCUGGUCCUCGAGGCUGGCAACGAUCGACGUCUGCGUCGAGAUGAGGUUGCGAGACUUGACCUCGACGUUGGCGCUGCGCGUCUUGGUGGACCAUGUCUCGAGCACCUUCUUGCGGUACUUUGCCGCGCGCUGCUCGGCCUCCUGGAUGCCCUCCCAGAUGGCCUCGUUCGAAGUCGACGCGUCGUAGUCGCCGCGCUUGCGCUUCGCGCCGGCGGCUUGUUGCGCGAGCUCCGCGGGGAGCAGGCUGGCGCGGAAGCUGUCGAGGGUGUUGAGCAGCUUGAGAGCGGCCUCCUCGGCGGCCUCGUACGGCUCCGAGUUCUGCUCGUCUUCUUCCGAGGGGGACUCGACGGCGGAAAAGGAGUUUGUGGCGACGAGGGCCUUUUGGAGGCGGAUGCGGAUGUUGAGCAGCCCGUCAAAGGUCUUGCGCUGCUCGCGGACGGCGAGGCCCUUUUGCGCAUCCUGCUGGGCGGCGGCGGAGAUUGUGGCAGCGAGGACCUUUUCUUCGUCGGCGGCCAAGUCGGCGGUCUCGGGGUCGUCGAACUCUUCGCCGCUCGAGUCAAUGUCCUCCUGUGCAUCCUCGAACACGUCGCUGUCGUCCUCGUUGCUCGAAUCGUUCAGCGCAUCGCGGCUGACGCGAGCGCCGCGGUACUGGGGCCCGAGGGAAACGCCCUCCUUUUCGCGGAGCUUGCUCUUGCUGCAAUGCUUCGUAUGGUGUGGAUCGUACCCGACGGUAACAUAGUGCUCGGUGCCCGCGUUCUCGUCGACGCUCUCUUCACUGCCGCUUUCGUUCUCGCUCUCCUCGACAGGUUCGGCCUCAGGAUCGAGAUCUGUAGGAUAAUGUAA